ACUGGGCCAGGCGAGGCCUGGAGCUGCAUGAGCAGUAGUCUCAGUCUCUACAACCGAGUCACAUUCUACACGUUCCUAGUGCGUUACAUCAAGCGCCCCGCAUUUCGUAGAUUGGUGCAUCAUGUGAUGUUUAGAUAGCGUUGGCUCGGCAUCUCAAAAUGGGAAAUAUCUAUAGUGCAACCCCCAACCAGUGUGAACAUGAUGCUGACCGCGAGUCUGCAAGUUUCUCUGACUCUGAUGAAGAUGGAGAGACGAGCCGUGCACAUGGUGGAUACGAUUUGCAAUUUACAGACGAAAGCGAACUGGGUGAAGACGUCGACGUACACUGCACUAUAUGUCAUCUUGUAUUGAGAAAUCCGAUGCUGUCUCGGUGCGGUCACCAUAUGUGCAACAACUGCUUGAACCUGAUUGCGCAAGGGCAAACGUUUUGUUGUCCGAUUUGCAGAAAGAGUCUAAACAAGUCUGUUGACGUUUUUCCGGACAACGCCCUCAAACGUCGUCUGCUAGAUUUGCACGUGAAGUGCAAGAACUGGAAAGAAGGGUGCGGCUGGACCGGUGAACUACGUGUUGUCAGAAAGCAUGCUAGGGAAUGUGGAUUUGUUGUACAGCAGUGCCCACGCAAUUGUGGUCAACACCUUACUAGAGAUCAAAUGGCGUCCCACCUAAGAAACGACUGUGUACACCGUUUGGUUAGGUGUGAGCACUGCAAGGAGGUAGUUAAAUUUUUUCAAAUUGAAAGUCACAAUUCUGUUUGUCUUCGAUAUCCAGUUCGUUGUGCCUUUGAGUGUGGACAGAGUGUACCCAGAGAAGAAAUGGAGGCUCAUGUUGACAGGCAAGGAACAUGUUCAACUGUGGUUCUACAAUGUGACUGUAGAGAGGUGGGAUGUGAAUUUAGAGGAACUCGGUCGAAGCUCGAGAAGCACACUAGAGCAGACGUGCAUAAACAUGUAAUGCUCACUGUGAUCGAAGCUAGUAAGGAAAAUGAAAGGGUUCGAAACCUUGAAUCUAACUUUACCUCUACUCAGUGUUCAUUAGCUACCACAAAAGAAAACAAGAAAAAGAUCAGAUCUCUAGAAUCAAAUCUAGUAUCAGUUCAACGUUCACUGACAACCAUCAGACAAGAAGUAAUGGAGAUGAAACGGUUUGUUUAUGUAUGGAAAAUAGACUCUUGGUAUAAAGAGUCUACUCAGACCUACCUAGGCAGUGGCUCAUUUUAUACAGGAAGGCCAGGCUACAAGUUAUAUCUUCGAUUGUACCCUAACACAGGGGAAUCACAUGUUGGAUUCUACUUACAUAUCGAACACGGAAAUUAUGACACUCUGCUGCAGUGGCCAUUCCCUUAUUGCUUCAGUGUAUCUGUGCUUGAACAGAGGGUCGACGGAAAUGACAUAACCCAUCGGACCAUUGCACCUGCAACAAGUCUAGCCUCACCGGGAACAUUCUACGGAUCUCGCAAGUUUAUCCAAUACAAAGCACUAUUAAAUGGAUGUUACAUCAAGAAUGAUACACUGUUGAUUAAACUCGUGGUUGAUAUGAAUUAGCAAACUACUGUGCCAUCUGGCUUGCAGCUAUUACUUGCUCAUAUCAACGUGUUUUACUUUUGAAAACGAAGACUGGAUUACAUACAUAAUUUGUGGCAACUCGCCUGUUGCAUGGU